AAUAAAUUAUACCGCAGGCGACAAGGGAGGAAGGUGGACCAAAAGCCGCAAUCGGGAGUCCACACUCCACUCUUUCUCAUGACCACCGCCUCGCUUUCCAUCUCCUUCCGCUUCGCCUUUUGCGCUGGGGCUCGGGGUCGCUGGUUCUCCCGCCAUAGUUACUAGGGUUUCGAUAAGUUCGUUAUCAAUGUCGAAGAUCUGAUUAGAGAGGUGCCGAGGUGGACUAAUAUUAGGUUAUCUUCGUGUUUGAACUGUGAUAGCUGUUAAUUCGGUGAAAGGUUGAAGUGUAGCAGAACUCUGAUUCAAUGGUUAUGGAUUCUGGACUCCGUGAGCUGUCUGGCAUGAUGAGCGGAUUGUGCUACGAUGAUUCUUAUUCGGAUCAAAAUAUUUUCCGAGCUCUAGAGUUAGGAGAAUCCCAAACUACUACGAGUCAUAGUAAUUAUGUUGGUAUUCCGCAAUUCUCCUCUGGGAUCAUCCAAAUUAGCAAUCCCACGUCUAAUGUUUGUGUAAGCUCUGAGUGUGAAAGCACAGAGGAUGGUGACAUCUUCUACUCUGAUAUGGCGCUUAACUACAUCAGCCGGAUGCUAAUGGAGGAGGAUAUAGACGAAAAAGUUAGCUCGCACAAGGAAGAGUCAGCCAUUCGAGCUGCGGAGAAGCCCUUCUAUGAUAUACUUGGCCAGAAGUACCCGCCGGCUCCUUAUCAACUGCCGCUUGACAUCGACCACAUUUCUUCCAGCGCCAAUGGCAGAAGCAAUGAUCGGUUCAAGAAUUUCUACUGUGGUAGCAGCAGCGGGAUUGUGGACAGUAGCUCUGUAAGUGACUCCUCAGAUUACCAACAGUCUAGUUCUCAUCGGGGAUCUGUUGAUUAUUCUCCUCGGACUCCAUCAAGCUCUUCUAACAUGUCAAUUAGUUUUGAGGAGCGCUUUAAUCAUGUUGCUUUAUCUCCUAGUUUGUUUUUUCAAAGCACUCCUGCUUGGCAUUUCAAGAGAGGAGUUGAAGAAGCAAAAAAGUUUCUCCCUAGCAAUGAUAAGUUGGGGAUCAGCUUACAGUCUAAUGGUGGCUCAGCAUCUCGAAUCUCAACAAGAGAUGGAAGGCUGUUUGACCUCAAGGAAGAAGCAGAGGAGAAAGACCCUUUGACCAAUAGUUCUAGAGUUCGUAAGAGUACAAACAGAGAGGAGUUGGAUUUGGUAGAGGGCAGGAGCAGUAAGCAAUCGGCUGUUUUCUAUGAAGGGGAGGUUAGAUCAGAAAUCUUUGAUAUGAUAUUGCUAGGCUGCGGUGAUAAGUGCUCUAAGAAGAUGUCUGAUUUGCGUGAGGCAAUGCAGAAUGAAGCAAGUAGAAAUGCCCAGAAUGGUUUGACAAAGGCUUCAACCGGUGGCAAGUCGCGAGGAAAGAAACAUACAAAGAAAGAGGUAGUGGAUCUCAGAACUCUUCUGAUUCUCUGUGCUCAAGCAGUGGCAGCUGAUGACCGACGAACUGCUUAUGAAUUAUUGAAGCAAAUCAGACAGCAUUCUUCUCCAACUGGGGAUGGAUCACAAAGGCUGGCACAGUUUUUUGCAGACGGUCUUGAAGCUCGUCUGGCAGGCACUGGAAGUCAGAUUUACAAGGCUCUGGUUGCUAAAAGGGCGACCGCAACUGAUGUGUUGAAGGCUUAUCAUUUGUAUCUUGCAGCUUGUCCCUUCAAGAGAAUCUCACACUUUUUCUCCAAUCAGACAAUACUCAAUCUGGCACAAAAGGCCUCCAAGGUGCACAUCAUUGAUUUUGGCAUCUAUUUCGGGUUUCAGUGGCCAUGUCUUAUCCAACGUCUAUCAGCUAGGGAAGGUGGCCCACCUAAACUGCGGAUCACAGGUAUUGAUGUGCCCCAGCCAGGUUUUCGACCCACAGAGCGAAUUGAAGAGACGGGUAGGAGGCUGGCAGAUUAUGCGAAAAGUUUUAAUGUUCCUUUCGAGUAUCAGGCCAUUGCUUCUAGAUGGGAAGCCAUUCGAGCAGAGGAUCUACACAUUGCUGAAGAUGAGGUGGUAGCAGUCAAUUGUCUGUACCGCUUCAGGAAUCUCAUCGAUGAGACUGUAGUUGUAGACAGCCCGAGGAAUAGGGUUCUCAACACAAUACGGAAGAUGAACCCUGAUGUUUUCAUCCAUGGAGUAGUGAACGGAUCCUACAGUGCCCCAUUCUUCGUGACUAGAUUCCGUGAGGCAUUGUUCCAUUACUCCGCUUUGUUUGACAUGCUUGAAGCUAACGUACCACGAGAUGACGACCAGAGGUCAUUGAUCGAGAGGGAUCUCUUUGGACGCGAGGCUCUUAAUGUUAUAGCAUGUGAAGGCUCAGAAAGAGUUGAGAGACCGGAGACUUACAAGCAGUGGCAGGUCAGGAAUAUCCGGGCCGGGUUCGAGCAGCGCCCUCUGGACCCAGACAUAAUGAAGAAAGCAAAGGACAAAGUGAAAGGCAGCUAUCACAAGGACUUUGUCAUCGAUGAAGACAAUGGAUGGCUGAUACAGGGAUGGAAGGGAAGAAUCAUUUAUGCGAUAUCGGCAUGGAAGCCUAAGGGAACAUAGCAUCAUUUUUUGAGAUUUCUAUCAAGUUGAGCUGAGGAAGCCGACUUUCUUCCUGAUUCAUUUCAACUAAAUCCUGAUGAGAGUCGAUGCAAUCAAUGGAUACCAGAGACAAAUCUUUGCUGACAAAGAAGGCAUCAAACACUGUUGCUGUUGAUAACUACAGGAAGAUGGAGAGUUCUUACAUCUACUUUUUUCUACACGCAGAAGAUGGUUAGUAUGUAAUAGGAUGGUUUGCUCAUGCUUCAUUGUUUUAGAAAUCAACAGAAAAAUGGAGGUUUCCAAAUAAAUUUUGCCAUGAUCUUGGUUGUUCCUGACCACUGUAUACCUUUAUAUGUACUCUUUGUGCAGUGGAACCUCCAUUGCCCGUGAUGAUGAGCAAACUUGCAUUUGUUUUAGAAUUGAGAUGAGAGUCUGUUCUUUUGUUUGA